ACCGAUUGCAACGUCACAAGCAGCUCGUAGAAUGCCCAGCGUCACGGCGUCGCAGCGCUUCCAGAACGCGGGUCCGACGUCGCUCUCGCAGUGGCACUCGGUGCAGAACGCGUCGGCGUCCAGCGUGAAUGCGUCGAGCAUCGUGCUCUCGUUGCGCAAGCGCCUCGAGGCCAACGGCGGCGUCUACGGCUUCACGUCCUUUCUGAGUACAAUGAAGCAGUUUGGCGGGAGCACUCAAACGCUCUCGAAACCGCAGCUCAAGAAACUCUGCGCGGCCCACAAUAUUGCGAUCUCAGACAUUGAGGUGCGAUCCCUCGUUCUCUAUGUCGGUGACGACGACAACACGGCCGUGGCCUGUGCGGCACUGCGCGAUCUACUUCUGGGAAAACUCGACGGGCCGCGCCUCGACCUCGUCACCAGCGCCUUUCAGCGCCUCGACAGCCGCGAUAGAGGCUAUGUCGCAGUCGAAGACGUCCUUCGAUCGCACGAUGCCGGAAUGCACCCGUCGCUUCUCUUUUCAAAAACCGCCAGCGCCAGCCAAGUGCAAAGUGACUUCACCAAAGCAUUCACAAUCCUCUGCCCGCUUUGCACGCUUGUGAGUCUAGCGCAAUGGACCGAGUUCUUUCAAUGCGUGAGCGCAACCAUCGAGAAGAACGACUUUUUCGAGCUGCUCCUCACACGCGUCUGGCACGUCUUGCCGCCGAGCAACAACAGCAGCUUAAGCGAGAUGGCCCGUGCGCAACCUGCCUCGACGACAGCAAACACACUCCUCUCGGACCUCUCGUCACGCAACCUCUUGUCGACCGCGAUGGACUUUAGCUCCAAAUCCAAGACCUUCAACUACAAUGGUGACGCGUCACUGGAAGCCACGAACAACAACAACAACUAUGGCAACAACAACAAUAUCAACAACAUGGGCGCGUACCAAUCAACGUCGAGCAUUGACGUCUCAGCGGGCAAGGUCUCGCGCAUGACGUCGCGCAACGCCACGCUCAAUAGCGUGCAGACCGCUGCGUGCAUGGCCCACGCGACGUCGGACCGCAACGGCCUCUUGCCCAAGCCCAAGGACAUUAGCAUCGGCACCAAGAUGAUUCUCGGGCGUCUCCGUGCGUCGCUCAAAGCUCGGGGCGCCUCGGGCAUUGUCGGACUCUCGCGCAAAUUUCGGCUCAUGGACGAAGACGGCAACGGGUCCAUCGAUUUGGCCGAGUUCAAACGCGCCAUGCGUGACAGCGACGUCGACUGCAGCGACGCCGACUUGCGGCUGCUCUUUGAUGCCUUUGACGCCGAUGACAGUCAGUCGAUCGAGUUCAAGGAGUUUCUCAAUGGCGUUCGUGAGCCCAUGAACGCACGUCGCCUCGGGCUCGUGCACGCGGCGUUUCAAAAACUCGAUAAGAACGGCGACGGGGUCGUGGACCCGUCCGACAUUGUCGGCACGUACGACGCGAGCAAGCACCCGGAUGUGAUCGCAGGCAAGCGCACCCAAGACGACAUCUUUCGCGAGUUCCUCGACACAUUUGACGUCGACGUCAAGGACGGCAAGGUCUCGCGCGACGAGUGGGAGCACUACUACCACAACAUCAGCGCGUGCAUCGAGAGCGACGACUACUUUGAGCUCAUGAUGCGCAACGCAUGGCAGCUCAGCGGCGGUGUGGGCUGGGCUGCGAGCUCGUUCGAGCAAAACGGAUCGCGUGGCUGGCGGCCCGACGUCGAAUCCAGUCAGGCGCCGCCCCCACCACUACCGCUUCGGCGGUACGGCAAUGCCAGCGCGGGUGCCACGUCGUGCCUCAACGUCGAGGCGCCAUCGGCGCUGAAAAGCACGACGCCCGUCGACCUCCAGCACCCGCGUGAGCUCCGGCGCAUUGUGAAGCGGCUCAAGACGACGCUCAAAUCACGGGGUGCGCGCGGCUUUACGGGCUUGAGCCGGUCGUUUCGAAUCAUGGACACGAACGGGUCGGGCACGCUCGACAUGCAAGAGUUCCGCGCGGCGCUGGACCACUUGAGUGUGCACUUGAGCGCCAAUGACGUGGUGACGCUCUUUGACUACUUUGACGCGGACGGCAGCGGCAGCAUUAGCUUGACCGAGUUUUGCCGCGGCGUGCGCGACCCGAUGAACGAGCGGCGCAUGGUGUUUGUCCGCAUGGCGUUUGACCUUAUGGACGUCGACAAGAACCACGUGAUUACGGUCGAAGACGUCGUCCAGCGCUACGACGCCAAGAAGAACCCCGAGGUCAUUGCCGGUCGCAAGACCGAGCGCGACGUGUACACUGAGUUUUUGGAAACGUUCGAGGCGUCGUCACGUGUCCACGACGGCCGCGUCACGCUCGACGAGUGGACCGAGUACUAUGCCAACAUCAGCGCGUCGAUCGACGACGACGACUACUUUGAGUUGAUGAUGCGCAACGCGUGGCACAUUUCGGGCGGGGUUGGGUGGUGCGCCAACUCGACCAACCGCCGCGUGCUAAUCAACGACAAUCAAGUCGUCGAGGUUGAAAACGACCUUGGACUCCACGACACUGCCGCCAUUCACGCCCAGCUCGAGAAGAAGCUCGGAGCGAAAGCCAAGCUCUCGUUCUACGACGUUCUCGACCACUCGGUGCGCCCCGUCGAGCGCACCACGCGUCUCCGCAGCCAAAACAACACGAGCAGCGGCGCCGCCAAUUGCCUCUCCAUGGGCCAUGCAAGCGACAUGCCGUCCAAAGCCUCGUCGACCAAGCCAAGCGUCAAUGCCAGCAUGGCGCCUGUCGGUGUCCAGCCCAUAUUGAGCCGGCUCAAAGAGCACCUCAAACUCCGGCCGUCGAACGGCUACAUCUCGUUGCACCGCGCUUUUCGCCGCAUGGACACGGACGGUGACGGUCAUCUGAGCAUGCUAGCGUUCAAGCGAGCGUUGGCCAACUUUGAGAUUUCAGAAGUCGACGCCCGCAUUCUUUUCCACUACUUUGAUGUGGACCACAGCGGGUCGGUCGAAGUGGCCGAAUUCAUCACGGGGCUCCGCGACCCGAUGAACGAGCGCCGUCUUCGGUUCGUGCGCACUGCGUUCUCGCUCAUGGACAAGGAUGGGAAUGGCCUCCUUGAGCCGGCCGACAUUGUCGAGGCGUACGACGCGAGCAAGCAUCCGGACGUCAUUGCCGGUCGCAAGACACCAGACAUGGUGUUUCGCGAAUUUCUCGAUACGUUUGACGUCGACGGCAUGCACAACGCAGUGAUUACGCCGCUCAUGUGGGAGCACUACUACGCCAACAUUAGCGCCGUCAUCGACGACGACGACUACUUUGAGCUCAUGAUGCGCAACGCGUGGCAUAUUUCCGGGGGUGUCGGGUGGUGCGCCAACUCGACCAACCGCCGCGUGCUUGUCAACGACACGGAAGUCGUCGAGCUGCAAAACGACCUCGGGCUCACGAGCGGCAACUUGCGGGCGCGCCUCGACCAGCAAUUGCAGUCCAAUAUGAACUUGCCGGGUACGAUCAAGACGCUCAAUUCAGUCAACGUCACGGCGUGCCUCAACCAUGUGGACGCGCUGCCACCAACGAAAUCGGCGAGAACGAGCCCACCCAAGCGCAUCUCGCUUCAAACCAUGACGUCGACGCCAGCAAACACGACGCCAAAUGCCUCUCGUGAGCUGUCACCUGACACGAUCGAUGGGCUUUGGGGCGCACUGCGCCAUGGGCUGCGUCGUCAAGGCAAACUCGUGAUUGUGCAAACGCGCCGCGCUGUGCAGAGCGCGGGUAAGUCGAUGACGCCGGACCAGCUCCAAAGCGCCCUCGCGGCCGCAUCGCUUCCUGUGGCGCUACCCAUUGUGCACGCGCUCAUUUCGGACCUUCGGUCGCGCAAUGGCAAGCACAACAAGUGGGACGCGGGCGAUGUCGCGACACCAAAAGCCCCGACGGCAGCUGUCUGGAACCAGUUGAGUCCCCCGGUGGACGGCAGCGUCUUGCGCAUGGCCAAGCGCAUCUUUGCGCAGCUUCAAGUCGACGGGAAGGGCGAUGUGACGCCGCUCCUGCUUGCGCGAGCGUACGACGCACCAAGCCACCCGGACGUGGUCUUGGGCUUGGCGAAGGCCGACGACAAGUUUAAAGAGUUUGCUGCGUGCUUUGACGUGGAUGCGACGGGCCACAUUUCGUUCCAGAGCAUUGAGACGUACUGCAGCGACCUCCUCGCACACGUUGGUGACGCCGCCCACUGCCUCCAGAUCCUCCGCGACUCGUUCCAUGUCGAUAUUCCGCCGUCUUUGUAGAUUCCAUUCGAUUUGCAUCCGUAAUCGCGCGAAAAAACUAGUUUGAAUGAUGGCGACCUACGCACUCA